CUUAAAGCGAUCGAGAAGGCGCAGUAUCGCGCCACUGUGGGGGACGUGAGCUCGAUUUCGGGGGCGAGCGUGUUCGAGACGCAAAAGGCGCUCAACGCGCUGGCGGCGGACACAGGAGCGACUUUGGAAGUAUCCAGCGCGGGCGAUCUCACAUACGUGUUUCCCAGGUCGACACGAGGGAUUUUGAGCUCGAAAUCGUUCAAGAUGAAGAUCGAACCGAUCGUGAGCGGGGCGAAAAGCUUAGCUUCGUACGUUUUUCGCGUGGCGUUUGGAACGUCGCUCGUGGCGAGCGUGAUGAUUGUCUACACCGCCAUCUUCGCCCUCAUGAGCGCCAAGAGUAGUGACGAUCGUUCAGAUCGGCGCGGUGGUGGCUUCGCUGGGCCGCGCUUUUACAUUUCGCCGUUUGAUUUGUUUUGGUAUUGGGAUCCGUACUACUAUCGCCGACCGCGAAGACGCGACAGAGAGAUGAACUUUUUUGAGGCUGUCUUCAGUUUUGUUUUCGGCGACGGCGAUCCGAACUUGGAUUUCGAAAAGCGGCGUUGGGAGUUGGUUGGACGCUUGAUUCAAAAGAAUAAGGGCGUUGUGACGGCGGAGCAGUUGGCGCCGUUUCUGGACACGGCGGGAUACGAAGACGAGUCCUUUGUCUUGCCCGCGCUCACCCGCUUCGAGGGCACGCCAGAGGUGAAUACCGUCACAGGAUCGAUCAUUUAUCGAUUUCCUAACAUGGAGUCCACCGCUGGAAAAACAACGGCGCGAAGUAGAGGCGAAAGUGAGGCGUUGGCGCAAGAGGAGCGAUGGGUGUUUUCGCUCGCCGAGCCGUCGCAAAAGAUUCAAGCGGGUUUACUCGGCGUUGCGAACUUAGUGGGGGUGGUGAUUUUGGCGCAGAUGAUUAACGACCCGCAAAUCAUGUACCGCACCCGAGAGUACGUGGAGUUGGCGCGCGCCUUCUCGGGCUUGCUCCCCGGUUUACUGAGCUACGGCGUAUUAUUCUUCGUCGUUCCGCUGUUGCGCUAUUUCCGCAACCAAGGCAAGAACCGGGAAAUCGAUGCUCGCAAUAACUCUCGAUUGCUCGCAGCUCGCCGUAUCGCGAGUCCAGAGCCUCGUUUAGCCGCCAAGCUCGCCGCCGCGAGCUCAGCUGCGUCCCAGCGCGUCGUGGGUGACGCCGUGUACACAAACGAGACCGAUCUCAUCAAAGGAGUCGUCGAGAGACACUCGUUCGUCGACGCC